UGUUUGGCCAUGGACUGUGAGUAUGAGAUCGGCCAUGUCCGAAAGCUCCAGGCUCGGCAUGCGCAGAUGCAGGAGAAGACCUUUACCAACUGGAUCAAUAACAUCUUCCGAUUAGGCCGGGUGGGCAUCAGGAUCCAGAACCUGUACACGGAGCUUGCUGAUGGUGCCCACCUCCUUCGGCUGUUGGAGCUUAUCUCUGGGGAAGCCCUACCGGCACCCAGUCUAGGCCACCUGCGUGUACACUUCCUGGAAAACAACAGCCACGCACUGGCCUUCCUCAGGGCCAAGGUGCCUAUACCCUUCAUUGGGCCAGAGAACAUUGUGGAUGGAGACCAGUCACUCAUCCUGGGACUCCUGUGGGUCAUUAUUCUGCGUUUCCAGAUUUCCCACAUCUCCUUGGACAGGGAGGAGUUUGGGGCCAGUGCAGCUUUGCUGUCUGCCAAGGAAGCGCUGUUGGCAUGGUGCCAGCGGAAGACGGCCAGCUACACCAAUGUGGACAUCACUGACUUCUCCCGGAGCUGGAGUGAUGGGCUGGGCUUUAAUGCCCUCCUCCAUGCUCACAGGCCGGACUUGCUGGAUUACGGCUCACUGAGCCCAGAUCGCCCUCUGCACAACCUCUCCUUUGCCUUCCGGGUGGCUGAGCAGGAGCUAGGCAUUGCCCAGCUGCUGGACCCUGAGGAUGUGGCAGCCCUGCAUCCGGACGAACGCUCCAUCAUGACCUACGUGUCCCUGUACUACCACUAUUUCUCCCGCCUGCACCAGGGGCAGACGGCCCAGAGGAGGCUGGCUAAGAUCCUGCUGCAGCUGCAGGAGACAGAGGUGCUGCAGGCUCAAUAUGAGCAGCUGACGGCUGACCUGCUCUCCUGGAUCAAAGAGAAGCAGGUGCAGCUGGAGGCUCGAGAUUUCCCAGACUCACUGCCUGCCAUGCGCCAGCUACUGGCAGCCUUUGCCUCCUUCCAUGCCCAGGAGAAGCCACCUCGGCUGCAGCAGCGAGGAGCCACAGAGGCCCUGCUGUUCCAGCUGCAGACAACACUCCGAACCCAAAACCGAAGGCCAUUCCAACCUCAAGAGGGCCUGGGCCCUGCAGAGCUGGCCCAGCGCUGGGCGGAGCUGGAGAGGGCAGAGGCCUCCAGGAGCCAGGCCAUGCAACAGAGGCUGCUCCAGCUGGGACGGCUGGACACUCUGGCCUGCCGCUUCCAGUGCAAGGCAGCCCUCCGGGAGAGCUUUUUAAACGAGGCAGAGCAGAUGCUAGAGCAGGCCAGAGCCUCCCUCACCGACCCAGCCGCGGUGGAGGCGGCCACCCAGAGGCUGGGCAUGCUGGAGGCUGGCAUCCUGCCCCAGGAAGGGCGCUUCCAGGCCUUGGGUGAGAUCGCAGACAUCCUCCAGCAGGAACAGUAUCACAGCUGGGCAGAUGUGGCCCGCAGGCAGAAGGAGCUCACCGGGCGCUGGCAAAAGCUCCUACAAUGUCUGCAGGAGCAGAGGAAGCAGGUGGCGGGCACGCAGGCCGUGCUGAGCCUGCUGCAGGCGGUGGAGGCCGCCACGGGCCAGCUUGGGGAGCUGCAGGUGUUGGCCAGCUCCACAGCCUGCGGCCAACAGCUGGCGGAAGCAGUUCUGCUGCUGCAGAGGCAUGACCUGCUGGAGGCCCAGGUCUCAGCCCACAGAACCAACGUGAACCGUCUUGCCCGCCAGACGGCACAGCUGGACUCUUCCCGGGGCACCAACGUGCAGAUGCUGCAGGCUAAAGCCCUGGCCCUGACCGAGCUCCACCACAGGCUGGUGUCUCUUGUCAGAGCCCGACGCGCCCUGCUCGAGCAGAGCCUACAGCGGGCACAGUUCUUGCACAGCUGUGAGGAGGAGGAGGCCUGGUUGCGGGAGCACGGGCGGCUAAUGGAGACGGCAGCGCUGGGCCGGGACCUCACUCAGAUCGCUACCGCUCUGCAGAAACACAAGGCUCUGGAAACCGAACUCCAUCGCCACCAGGCUGUGUGUGCAGAUCUCAUGCAGAGGGGACACAACCUCAGUGUCAGAGGGACCCCGACACAGCCGGACCCCCUGGAAAGGGCGGAAGCAGUGCAGGGAACGUGGCGGCUGCUUUGGACUGCAGCCACAAGGCGGCGCGCCCGGCUGCAAACAGCGCUGCUGGUUGGGCAGUACUUUUCUGACUCAGCCGAGGCGGCUUCUUGGCUUCUCCUGCGGCAGAAGCAACUGGAAAGCGCAUCCUGCGGGAAGGACCAGGCAGACGCCGAGGCCCUGUUGCAGCGUCACCUGCGCCUGGAGCAAGGCGUGAGCGCCUUCGCGGCGGAGUUGCGGGAGCUGGAGGAUCAGGCGCGCGCUGCUGCAGCCCUGGUGUCACACACGGUGCGAGAACCUCUGUCCCUUACACCCUUUAAACUGCAUUUAGGGCCUCCACAUGGCUUCACCCAACCUGGCCAUACAGAGGAACCUCCGGAAGACUGGAAAAGGCGUGACAAAAUUGGAGGACCUCGGCAUGAGACUGAAGCUUCAGCAGCCCCAAGCAGCCAAUGCUCACACCAGCGGAUGUCCUUCUCCGCCAGAGAAGAGACCCUGGAAACAAAUGCCCAGGAACUGAAAGACUUGGCGAACAACCAGAGCAGGAUCCCCAUCAUUCACAUCACAGAGAAGAAGCCCCAGGUGGUGUCCGCCCUGGGCCUUCUAGGGGAAGGCCCACAGGCAGCUCUCCAGGCUGAAUAUGACUUUGACUUAAACUCCAACGCCAUACUCCAGACACAGGCUCACUUGAGCCAGAACUAUGAGAACCUAAGGGCCCUGGCAAAGUUUCACAGGGCCCGACUGGAGGAGGCAGUAGCUCUGUUUAGCUUCUACAGGUCCUGUAGGGAGCUCCAGUGCUGGCUAGAGGAGCGGACGGCCCUGCUCCAGACACUGCAUCCCCGGGGUGACAGCUUAGAGGCCACCCAGCUUAAAUACGAGAACUUUCUCAUGACCUUGGCCACCGGAAAAGGCCACUGGGCUGAGGUCAUCAGCGCUGCUAAACAACUGAAGCAGCGGUGUCCGGGACACACCUCGAAAAUCCAACAGCAACAGGAGGACCUUCACCAGAGGUGGCAGCAGCUGGAGGUCCUGAAGGAGGAGAAAGGCCUACAGCUGACACGUGGCAUGGAGAUGUGCCAUCUUCUACAGGAGUCCGGACCCAUACGAGCCCAACUGCUAGAUGUGAUAGGCAGGCUGGAGGUUCUGGGGCCAGGAGGCUCUGGGGGCAGCCACUGUACCCUGCAGCAGACCCAGCAGAAGAUCGUGGCACUGGAGAAGAAGAUCUCCUACCUCCAAAGGGCAGCCACAGAGGUGAUGGAGUCAGGCCCCUCAGAGAGCUGGCUGCUCCAGGAGCAGCUGCUGCUGCUGCAGGCACUGCUAAAGCAAGUGCAUGGGCAAGUGGCCGGGCAGGUCCAGGUCCAGACCGAGGCUCGGGUCCAGCGAGGCAUCCUACAAGAGAGCCAGAAGCUGCUGCUGUGGGCGGAGAGCAUCCGGGCUCAGCUGUGCAGCAAAGGGAAGCUGGAGGAUGUGAGCUCGGCCCAGCAGCUGCUGAGGAAGCAUGGAGGCCUACAGGAGGAGAUCUGCCUGUGGCAAGAGAGGCUGCAGCAGCUGGAGAUGCAGAGUCAGCUGGUGGCAGUCUCAGACUCCCCGGAGUCCCGAAAGGUGGCCAGCGCCCUAAGGCUCCUAGGCCAACAGGGCCAGGAGCUGAAGGCUCUGUGGGAGCAGAGACAGCAGGAGCUUCUGGAGGGGCUGGAGCUGCAGAGGCUUGGCCAAGAAGUGGAUGGUUUCAUCGCCACCUGUGCCAGCCAUGAGGCCUUACUGCACCAAGACAAUGUUGGGGAGGACAUAGGAGAGGCCCAGAGCCUUCUGCAGCAGCACCAGGGUUUGGGGUGGCUCCGCAGCAUCCUGGGAUACCGGGCAGAGGCCCUGCGGGCGCGUGGUGAGAAGCUGCUUCUGAGCCAACACCCUGCCAUGCACAAGAUCAGAGAGCUGCUGCACAGUGCCCAGGCACAGUGGACCAGAGUCCAGGAGAGGAGUGACCAGAGAAGGGAACAGCUGCUGGCUUCUCUCCAGGUGCAGGAAUGGAAACAGGCUGUGGCAGAGCUAAUGCUGUGGAUGGAGGAGAAGUGGCCCAGGGUGGCCGAUGAACCCUCCCAAACGCACAGCGACAUUCUACAGAAACUCAAGUGGCACAAAAGAACUGAGAAUGAGCUAUUAGCCACCCGUGGGUACAUGGAGGAUCUACGGCAGGCUGGGAGAGAGCUAUUGCAAAGCCACCCAUAUGCACAGGAGGCCAUACAGGACAGACUUCAGAGCCUGACUCACAAGUGGGAAGAGUUGAACCACAAGAUGGCAGAGCAAGGGGACAGGCUACAGCAGACCAGACAGCAGGGCCAGCUCCUGGAACUCCUGCAGGAUGUCAGAGUGGUGAUGGAGCAUCUGGAGGGAACCCUGCAGAGUACAGAAGUAGGACAGGACCUGUGCUCCAGCCUGAGGCUGCAGAAACAACACUGCCAACUAGAGGACAAGAGCCAGGCGCUGGCCGGGGAAAUGGCUGCCCUCCUCUCUCAGACACACAAUGCAUCCACUUCCUUGACCAUCCUGGAGGAGAGCCAGAAGUGUCAGCAGAGGUUUGAGGCCCUGCAGAGCAAGCUGGCCACCCGACACCUGCAGCUGCAGGCCUCCGUUGAGCUGCACCAAUUUAACCUCCUUAGCAACCUGGAGCUCACAUGGGUGGUGGAGCGCAUGCCCAGUGCCAGUCCCACCUGCCCUGCCCAGUGCUGGCGCGAUGCCCAGAGACUUCAAGGCAAGCACAAGGUGCUCCAGGCUGAGGUGGAAGCUCACAGAGGUCACGUGCACGGGGUGCUAAGUUCUGGCCAGGGUCUAGCAGCCUCUGAGCAGCACCCCCAAGCUCAGCACCUCGCGGAGCGGUGCCAGAAGCUGGAAGGCCACUGGGCAGAACUGGAGCAGGCGUGUGAGGCUCGAGCCCGUUGCCUGCAGCAGGCCGUCACCAUCCAGCAGUACUUUUCUAGUGUGUCAGAAAUAGAGGCCUGGGUGGAGGACAAGCGGCCUCUGGUGAGCAGUCGGGACUACGGAAGUGAUGAGGAAGCCACCAUUAUUCUCAUUAGGAAACACCAGAUGCUGCAGCAGGAAUUAACUCUUUAUUGGAGUUCCGUGGAGGACCUUGAGCAAAGGUUCCAGACCCUCUCAGCACUUGAGGCCUCCGAGCAGCUGGGCAGAGUGCGGGAACAGCUACAGGCAUUACAGACGUUGGCAGACACACGGGGUCAGGAGCUGGAGGGGACCCUGACACUACAUGAAUUUGUGAGAGAAGCUGAGGACCUACAGAGCUGUCUGGCAAGCUGGAAGCAGGUGGUCAGAGGCGGGGACAGCUUUGGAGAGGACCAUGCGCAUGUGCUGCAACUCUGCACUAAGUUUGCAAAGCUUCAGCACCAGGUUGAAACAGGUGCCCAGCGAGUAGAAACCUGCCAACAGCUGGCAAAGAACCUACUAGAGCAUGGGCAUAGCGCUGCCCCCAAGGCCCAACAGAGGCAGGAGGAUCUACAGGCUACCUGGUCCGAGCUGUGGCAGUUGACCCAUACCCAAGGCCGUCGGCUCCGUGAGGCAGAAGCCACCCUCAGAGUCCACAGAGACCUUCUAGAAGUCCUUACCCAGAUUCAGGAGAAAACUACAAGCCUCCCUAAUGGUGUGGCCCAGGACCUGCAUGGCGUAGAGACCCAGCUGCAGAGACAGGAGGGGCUGGAACGCGAGCUGGCAGGCCUGGAGCCACAGGUCCAGGAACUGCUGAAGGCUGGAAGCAGGGUGCAGAAGCUGGGGCUGGGGCCCCAGGCCCUCGACUCUAUCCAGCAGAAGCAGCAAGCCGUGACACAGGCCUGGGCGGCCCUCCAGCUGUGCGUGGAGCAGCGCAGGGCCCGGCUGGAGCAAGCGCAUCUCCUGGCCCGAUUCCACGCAGCGGUGAGGGACUACACGUCCUGGGCAGCCAGCAUGCAUCAGGAGCUGCGGAUAGAGGAGGGCUCCUGGGAACCCAGCAGCCUGCUCAGGCUCAGAGCCCACCAAUGGCUGUGGGCAGAACUGAAAGCCAGGGAGGAGCUGCAGCAACAGGCCGCAAAGCUGGGCCAGCAAGCACUUCUGGCUGCUGGGGCGUCCACUAAGGAGGUUCAGGAUGGGAUUCAAGCCCUACAGGAGGAACGUGACCAGGUGUUCAAGGCCUGGACACUCAAGCAAGAGAGGCUGCAGGCCAUGCUUCAAGAACAGAGCUUCCUUAGCCAGUGUGGUCACCUGGAGAAGAUCCUCGCAGCCCAGGAGGCAUUCCUAAAAUGCAGUGCCCUGGGGAGCUCAGAGGAAGAAGUGGAGCAGUUGAUCCGAAAGCAUGUGAUCUUCCAGAAAGUGCUAGCUCUCCAGGACAAGAAGGAGAUGGCUCUACGUGAGCAGAUGAAAAUGAUCUCAGACCCCAAGGGGCAGAACCUGGCUCACCACGUGCUGGAGCGUCGGGCUCAAGUGAAGGAGCUGGCAGAGAGCCGGGCACAGGCCCUGCACGCUACUCUGAUGGUAGCCAACUUCACCAUGGCGGCAAUCCAGGCUGAGGACUGGAUUCAGGAGCGGCUCCAGCAGCUGAGAGCCUGGAGCCCUCCUGGGAACCUGAAAGAUUAUCCGAAGCACCUGAAGAAACACCAGGCCUUCGGAGCUGAAGUCCAGGCCCAGGAGCAGGUCAUGACCUCUGUUGCCAAGCAAGGCGAAGGGCUCCUCGGACAGAGCCACCCUCAGGCCGGAGAGGUCUCCCAGAGGCUAGAGGCCCUGCGGGACUUGUGGGAGAAGCUGAGGCAGGCAGUGACCACGCAGGGCCAGGCCCUGGAGGACAGAUGUAACUUCCUGGAGUUCCUACAGAGGGUGGACCUGGCAGAGGCCUGGAUCCAGGAAAAGGAGAGGAUGGUGAACAGCGCUGACUUGGGCCUGAACCUUGAGCACUGCCAGCAUCUCCGCCGGCAGGUCCACCAGUUACAGGUCACAGUGGAUGGCACCUACAUCAGGAGAAUCAAAAUCUUGUCACCGCAGCUCAAGAACCAGAGCCCUGAGGAAUCUCAGACCAUCUGCCAGCGGCAAAACCAGCUCAGUAAUAGGUGGAAGGGUUUCCAUGGCAACCUGCUCCUGUAUCAGCAACGGCUUGAAGCAGCCCUGGAGAUCCAUAUGUUGUCCAGUGAACUGGAUGACAUCACUGAGCAGAUCAGGGAGAAGGAAUCCCUGAUCCAGACCCUGGAGGGCACAGAGGAUCUGGAGAAUAUACAGACGCUGUCAUGGAAACAGAAAAUGCUGCAGCAGGAGAUGGGCCUCAUCCAGACUCAGGUGGAGUCUCUUGAGGGUAAGGCCAGCCACCUCUGCAAGGGAAGUCCCGAGGCUGCACACAGCCUCAGCCAUAAGCAGCAAGAGAUGAUGGACAGCUGGCGGAAGGUCUGGAGUAGGGCCCACAAGUGGAGGGAGUCGCUGGCUGUCGGCCUCGAGGUCCAGAAGCUCCAGACUCUGUUGCAGGAGCUGCGGGACUGGGGGCAGGGACUGCAAGCUGAGAUGGACGGGCAGGGCACCCCCUGCAGCCCUCUGAGAGCCCAGUACAUGCUGCAAGAGCACCAGGCACUCAAGGUUGAGCUGGACAUCCGAACUGACAGCCUUAGCCUGGCCGGAAGCAUGGGGCAGCGGCUGCUCGCAUCUGGACACCCACUGGCCUUAGGGAUUCUGCAGCCCCUGGCUGCUGCGGAGCAGGAAUUGAGUAGCUUGCAGGAAUCAUGGCAGAGGCGGCAGCAGCAGCUGCAGCAGGCCUUGGAGCAGCAGCUAUUUCUGAGCUCUGUGGGAAAGGCGGAACGCUGGCUUGACACUGAGGAGGCCUUCCUAGCUUGUGAGAGAGCGGCGGACCCCUUGGCCACUGUGGAGACCCUUCUGUCGAAGCACAAGAGGCGUGAGCAGAGCCUGAAGGCACAGGCUGAAAAGAUCAGCGCACUGGAGGCCACAGCCCACAGCCUGUACCCGGCUGGACACCCGGAGGCCCACAGCAUCCUGGACAGGUGCCAGGCUCUACUCCUGAGGACAGAGGCCCUCACAGAGCGAGCGAGGGCCCGGGGACGGCAGCUCGAAGAGCUUCGACAGCUUCGGACUUUCUUACAGGAUUCCAAUGAGGUGGCUGCGUGGCUGAGGGAGAAGAACCUGCUGGCUCUGGAUGAGGGUCAGUGGGACCCGGCCACGGUGCAAGCACAGCUGCAGAAGCAGCAGAAUUUCCAGGCUGAGCUGGAUGCCAGCGUUCACCAGCGGCAGGAGCUCCAGAUGGAGGGGCAGAGGCUGCUACAAGGGGGCCACCCAGCGUCCGAGACCAUCCAGGGGCGACUGCAAGAGCUAGAAGGCCUCUGGGCUGAGCUGCAGGCCAACUGCCAGAGAAAGAUGGCCAGACUGCAGGGGGCCCGCAAGGCCCUGUGUCUGCAGAGGUUCCUGGAAGAACUUGAGCGCUGGCUGGAGCCCACGGAAGCAGAGCUGAGAUCGCCUUUCAGAAGCCAGGACCUGCCUAGGGUGGGCGAGCUCCUGGGGGCCCAGGGGGAGCUGGAGGCAGCUGUGGACAGGCAGGCCAGGCAAGUGCAGGAUCUGCAGAGCCAGGCCCAAGCGUGCUCUCAGGAAGGCCACUGCCUCGCCAAAGGCGUGGAGGAGCGAGCCCAGCGGCUGCUUCAGAGGUUCCAGAGUCUUCAGGAGCCCUUGCAGGAGCGCAGGGCAGCCCUGGAGGCCCAGGCUCUCCUCUUGCAAUUCCUCAGGGAUGCUGAUGAGGAAAUGGCCUGGGUUCAGGAGAAGCUAUCCUCUGCCACAGCCCAGGACUGUGGCCAGAGCCUGAGCACUGUGCGGAGCCUGCAGGAGAGACACCAGAUUCUGGAGAAUGAGAUCAGUAGCCACAAGGCUCUGAGCCAGGUGGUGAUAGGUAGAGGGCACAAGCUUGUCCAAGCUGGACACUUUGCCGCCGAAGAAGUGGCCGCCCGGGUACAGCAGCUGGAGGCGGCUCUAGACUACCUGCAGACAGAGGCGGCACGGAGGAGGAGGAGGCUGCAGCAGGCUCUGGAGGUCCAGCAGAUGUUGAUAGAGCUCCUGGAAGCAGGAUCCUGGCUAGCUGAACGGGGCCAUAUUCUGGACAGUGAGGACUUGGGCCAGGAUGCUGAGGCCACACAAGUUCUUCUGCGGCACCUGCAGGCCACCACAAGAGACUUGGAGGUGUUCAGCAGCCGCACUGAGCAGCUACAGCAAACAGUGGCCCUUCUGGAGAGUGGGCAAAACCCAGGCAGUCCCAGGGUGCUGGCCCAGCUGCAGGCUGUGAGGGAGGCCCACGCACAACUGCUGCAGAGGGCAGAGGGCAGGGGACAAGCGCUGCGUGAGCAGCUGCGCCUACACCGGGUGGAGCGAGAGGCCUUGCUCCUGGAUGCCUGGCUGACCUCCAAGAUGGCUGCCGCUGAGUCCCAGGACUAUGGACAGGACUUAGAAGGCAUCAAGGUUCUGGAAGACAUGUUUGGUGCUUUUAGCAGAGAAGUCCAGAGCCUGGGCCAGGCUAAGGUGCAGACCCUGCGGGAGCUGAUGGCUCCCCUAGAAAGAGGAGCACCCAGGUUCUAUCCCCAGAUCCAAGCCCAGAAGUAUCGUGUCCAGACCACUUGGGACAGGCUGAACAAGGCCAUCAAAGCCCGUGCAGAGAACCUGGCUGCAGCCCGUGCGCUCCGGAGCUUUGAGCAGGCAGCCUCAGAGCUCCAGGGUUGGAUGCAGGAGAAGACCUCGCUGCUGGAGGAAAAGCUCCGUGGGCAGGGCCUGUCGUCUGCACAGGCCGUACAGCAGCAGCAGCAGCAGCACAGGUGCCUGCAGAGAGAACUGACAGCUAUUGAGAGAGAGGUGACAAGAGUACAGAUGGAGGCCCAGAAACUCGGCCAAGCCCACCCUGUGGCUCAGGAGAGCCUUGAUGAGUGGCUCGCCAGGGUGCAGGGGGCCUAUGCCAACCUGAAGGCUCAAGUCCAGGAAUGGAGGGAGAAGCUGUCCCAGGCUACCCAGGGCCACAGCUUUCUUGGGCGCUGUCAGGAGUUGCUAGCGUGGGCUCAGGAGAAACAGGAACUGCUUUCCUCAGAGGGGCUGGCCGGGGCUGUGGUGGGGGCCGAGCAGUUCCUUGAGCAGCAUGAGGAGCUGGACCAAGAAAUCCAGGAAUGCUGCCUCCAAGCCCAGAACACACUGCAGGAAGGGCAGCGGCUGCUAGACAACCGCCAUUUCAUGUCCCUGAAGGUGGCAGAGUGCCUACCGGGCCUGGAAAGGCAUCUGCAGGAGCUUCAGGUAGCCUGGGCCCUGCGUGGGCAACGCUUUGAGCAGAACCGGGGCCUGCAGCAGCUGAGGCAGAGGCUGGAGCUGGCUGAGGCCUGGCUGGCCUCCCGGGAGGGCCUGCUGCUGGACCCCAGCUGUGGGCACUCGGUGUCGGAUGCGGAACGUCUGCUCUGCAGAUACGAGAGUUUGGGAAAGCUACUGGCAGCCCAUGAGGAGAAGUUCACCCAGCUCCAGACAGCAGAGGAGCUGAAGGGCGCUCGUGUCAUGGAGGGGUCUGUGGAACUUAAGCAACAGCCUCCUGUAGAGGAGAGGCAGCCCAGUACCAGUUUCCAGGACAACAGCCAUGAGGCCUUGGCAAGGAGAGCCCCAGGCCUGUUGUCAGAUAUGAGGAAGGCAGGACCAGGUGACACCAAGGUCUGAACCUUGAAAUGAAUCCUGAGCCAGCACCAAACCUUGGGGCUACAAGUGAGGACGCAUCCAAGAGAACCACUCAACUACCGGCCCAAAGGCACCCUUCCCAUGGCUGCUUAGGACCAGCUUCUAGAACACAGC